UUCUCUUAUUAUACAUGGCAGAGUGUGAAGAAACAAGUUGUUAAUACCUCUAACAUACUACUUUUAUUUUUUUAAUUAACUCAAGUGGAACAUUAUUCAUUCAUUUAGCAUGUGUAACAUUAAUGAAAAACAAAGAAAAAAGGAACAAAAAAUGAUAAUAAUCUAGUAAUGACCUGAGGACGUAUAAAACUGAGUAUUUAGUAGUGAAAAAUUUAUUUUUAGUUGUGAUGUAUUAUUGUACCGAUUAUAAUUCAAUUGUAGAUUUCACUAAAUAUUUUUAAAAAUAUUCUUCAGUUUAAAUAAUUUGUUUUUGUUAAAAGAAAAUGAUAAAAUUAAGUAGAAUUUGUUUGGGUAAAUUUAUACUAUUAACAGCAUUUGUUUGUUCUUUUGCCCAAACUCCAUCAAUUCAUGAUGGAAUUGUUUUUAGUGGAACAACAACAACUACAAGUGGACGAAUUAAUUCAAAUUGUAAUUGUAUUGUCAAUGGUUUGUGUCAAUCAGUACCAUCAUUGACAUCUCCACCUUCAAUAGACAUAAGAAUUGUCAAUCAAGGUACACAAGGAGGAUGUCCAUCAGGUCAAAUCUUGUGUUGUGGUACAUCAGGAAAUUAUUUAACAAAUUCAUGUGGAAUACAAAAAAUAACAAAUUCACCAGCUCAACCACAAGGAAUAGCCAAGUAUGGACAAUACCCUUGGCAAGUUGCCCUUUUAAAACUAAAUAAUGAGUACAUCGGUUCAGGUGUACUUAUCACACCUACACAUAUUCUUACAGCUGCUCAUAAAGUUGUAACAUAUCCAAAUACUCAGUUUAAAGUAAGACUUGGUGAUUGGAAUGGUAUAGAAAAUAAUGAACCAUAUCCAUAUCAAGAAUAUAAUCCAGCGAGUGUUAAAAUUCAUGAAAAUUUUAAUUCUCAAUCUCUUUAUAAUGACAUUGCAAUAAUUAAAAUUUUUGGAAUUGUACCACUUGAUACAAGUCCACAUAUUAAUACUGCGUGUUUGCCAACAGCAAUGCCAGCAACUGGAACAAGAUGUUGGGUUACUGGUUGGGGUAAAAAUGCUUUUGGACCUACUGGAAGUUAUCAAAAUAUAUUAAGACAGGUUGAGGUGCCAAUUGUUGAUCAAUCGAGUUGUGAAAAUAGACUUCGCAAUACUAGAUUGGGUCAGGCUUUUAUUUUAGAUAGAGUUAGUUUCAUGUGUGCCGGUGGUGAAACUGGAAAAGAUGCUUGCACUGGUGAUGGUGGUGCACCAUUAGUAUAUCAAUCUAGCACUCAACAAUGGAGCGUUAUUGGUUUAGUUAGUUGGGGAAUCGGUUGUGCACAAGAUGUUCCAGGAGUUUAUGUUAAUGUUGUUAAUUAUUUACCUUGGAUUUAUAAAAAUAUGAGUUAAAAUUAUUAUUAUUAUUAUUAUUAUUACUAUUAUUAUUAUUGUUUAU